CAAAUAUCUUUGAAGAAACUUGCUGAAGAAUAGGUCCAGUUAGUUAAUUGGUUGCUUUGAUUUUUAUUUAAAUAAUAAUGGCUAUUUUGUUGCCACUACUAGUUUGUUAGGAUUCCUGAUCUGUACAGAUAAUCUCAGAUAAUUAGGAAGGUUGUUAUUUCUUUUUGGCCUAUAUAAGCAUCAGUUCUUGAAUAAAGAGACAGCUUAUUCCAAAAAUAUCUUGUGGGUUAUUCUAGCAUAGAUAGAAUUUUCCUUAUAAAUCCUCAUUGUUCUGACUGGGACCUAUCACUGGUAUUAGAGCAUGACUACGAAUAAAGAAAGAAUCGAGAAUUUAGAAGUCAGCAUCGGUGGACUCCAAGACAACUUGAGCAAAAUGGAGCUGGGUGUCAACGAUAAGCUGCAGCAGCCUGAAGUUGCCAUCAACAAACUUUCUAGUGUCUUGCUCACCAACACUCCAAGCAGUAAUGUAACUGAUCAAACAGGCCAAUCCUCUAACAGACGCUAUAGGGAAAACACGGAAGCAGGACAACCCAUGUUCUCUUCCAAGCUCGCUAAACUAGAAUUUCCUAAGUAUUCUAGUCACGAUCUAACUGAAUGGUUCACUCGUGUCGAUCAGUUCUUUGAAUAUCAGUGCACUCCUGAAACUCAAAAGGUAGCGUCGGCAUCCUUUCAUUUAGAAGGAGAAGCAAACCAAUGGUGGCAGUGGCUGCGUAGGGCCUCUCUUGAAGAAAGGAAGGAGGUAACGUGGAGCAUAUUUGUGGGAGAAUUAUGGUCUCGUUUCGGCCCCACUGAUUGCAAGGAUUUUGAUGAGGCUUUAUCAAAAAUAAGACAAACGGGAACGCUCCGUGAAUAUCAAAAAGAAUUCGAAUGUCUCGGCAAUCGUGUUCAAGGAUGGACCCAGAAGGCCUUGGUGGGAACGUUUAUGGGUGGUCUAAGAGCAAAAAUCACAAAUGGAAUAGGGAUGUUCAAACCAAAGACACUCAAGGAAGCAAUCAGCCUAGCAAGAAUGAGAGAUGAUCAAGCGAAUCGGCAACGAAGAUUCACUCGGCCAAUCGAUCGCCCAACAACUGAUGUCUCUUCUCCAACAAAAACUAAGGCUGCACCAAUCAAAAGACUCACUUGGGAGGAAAUGCAAAAAAGAAGAAUGACAGGCCUAUGCUUUAACUGCGAUGAGAAGUUUACACCAGGGCACCGAUAUCAUAGGGCACAAUUAUUAUUAUUGGAGAGUGAUGUCAACACUGAAAUUUCUAGCGAGGAGGUAGUCAAACAUGAUUGUGAUUCACAGUUGGAGAUAUCCCUACAUGCACUUUUAGGUUGGUCUGCUCCCCGAACUAUGCGAAUCACAGCAAAAUUGGGCAAACUAAAAUGGUGGUACUAAUUGAUAGUGGAUCAACACACAAAUUCAUCAACGAGAAGGUGGCUAGCUUGUUACAGCUACCUGUAGUUCCCACUAAACCAUUUGAUGUCAAUGUGGCGAAUGGCAGUCCUUUACGCUACGAAGGGAGAUUUGAAAAAGUUCCGGUUCAACUCCAAGGUAUAAUUUUUUCCCUCACUCUUUACGCCUUACCACUUAUUGGACUGGACUUGGUGCUAGGAGUGCACUGGUUAGAAUAGCUGGGCAUGGUGUCUUGCAAUUGGAAACAAUUAACCAUGGAAUUUCAAUGGGGCAACCAAACUGUCACCUUACAAGGAAUCAAUGCACUAGCUAUACAACCAUUAUCCGCAAAUGCAAUUUCAAAGGCAGCAAGGCAUGGGGGUUCGAUGUUUGCAGUAUGUCUUUGUACCAAGGAUCAAUUGGGUUCACAAGAAAGCCAUCUCAAGAUGCUAAAAUUACUGACCAAAUUUUAUGAUUUGUUCCAAGACCCCACGCAGCUUCCUCCUCCACGAGAGAUUGAGCACCAUAUCAAUUUGAAGGAAGGGAUUAAGCCAAUCAAUGUUCGACCAUACAAGUAUG